UCCACGCAGAGCCCUGGGUCGCCUCGCUGCCUCCUUGCCGGGAUCUGAGGAAGGGGCCAGGGUGUCGCUUCUUAAAUAUUGUGACUCCAAGGCGGACAGCUGACACAGCUGGGGCGUGCAUCUCGGUGUCCUGCCGAACCCAACCACAGGGACUGGCAGGCUGUCAUGGCGACCAGCGGGGACCCAGAGGAGGAGCAGGUCGUCCCAAGUGAGGAGGAUGAAACCAGUGUGAGAGCCGUGCAGGCCCACUACCUCCGGAGCCCCUCCCCCAGCCAGUACUCCAUGGUCUCAGAUGCAGAAACAGAAAGCAUUUUCAUGGAACCCAUUCACCUGUCUUCGGCUGUUGCAGCUAAACAGAUCAUCGGUGAAGAAUUCAAGCCGCGGGGGAUCAGAGCCGAGGCAGAGUGUCCAGGCAUGCUGGAGUCGGCCGAGCACCUGCUGGUGGAGGACCUGUACAACCGUGUUAGGGAGAAGAUGGACGACAGCAGCCUAUACAACACCCCCUGCAUCCUGGAUUUGCAGCGGGCCUUGGUCCAAGACCGCCAGGAGACCCCCUGGAAUGAGGUGGAUGAGGUCUGGCCCAAUAUCUUCAUAGCAGAGAAGAGUGUAGCUGUGAACAAGGCGAGGCUGAAGAGGCUGGGAAUUACUCACAUCCUCAAUGCCGCUCAUGGCACCGGCGUCUACACUGGGCCCGAAUUCUACACUGGCCUGGAGAUUCAGUACCUGGGUGUGGAGGUGGACGACUUUCCCGAGGUGGACAUCUCCCAGCAUUUCCGGAAGGCUGCCGAGUUCAUCGAUGAAGCCCUGCUGACCUAUAGAGGGAAAGUCCUGGUCAGUAGCGAGAUGGGCAUCAGCCGGUCAGCAGUGCUGGUGGUGGCCUACCUGAUGAUCUUCCACAACAUGGCCAUCUUGGAGGCCCUGAUGACUGUGCGUCAGAAGCGGGCCAUCUACCCCAACGACGGCUUCCUGAAGCAGCUCCGGGAGCUCAAUGAGAAGCUGAUGGAGGAGAGAGAAGAAGAAGACUCCGGCCAGGAAGGGGGGACGGAUGAGGCUGAGGAGGGCGAGGACGUGGGGAGCGGCAGCAGGGCCAGGGUGGGCGCCCUCACGGUGGAGGAGGAGGACGACACCCACAGCCACCCGAGCGGCUCCUCCCUGGGGAAGGCCAGCCAGGCCUCCAAGCCCCUCACCCUCAUUGACGACGACGAGGAGGAGAAGCUGUAUGAGGAGUGGAGGAAGGCGCGGGGCCUCCCCACAGCCAAGGCCCCCCCGGGGGGACACGGCAGGCGCUCAGCCUCCGGCCAGGAUGGCAGGGAGCCCGAAGACGAGGACGUGGACAGGAUGAUCCGGGAGUGGCAGAGCCGAAAUGAGAGGUACCAGGCGGAGGGGCAUCAGAGGUGGGGUAGAGAGGAGGCAGAGGUGGAGGCGGGCGACGCCGAGGGCUUCGUGACGAGGCGACGCAGGCACACCCUGAGCGAGAGCAGCACUUCGGCGAGUGUCCGCAGUCGCGACGUUCGGGUCCUGGAGCAGCAGCUGGAGACGAGCGGCCAGAAGCGAGGGGGCAGGCGCCGCUCGGACUCCGUGUCCACCGAGAGCACCUGGGACGUGUGGAACCAGAGGCUGCUGGAGAUCGAGAGGGAAGCCUCCCGGGAGUAUCACUCCAGGAGCCAGCGGGAGGCGGCGGACACAGGCUCCGAGGCGGGGGGCAGGGUGCGAGAGGACGACGAGGAGAGCGUGUCCUCCGAGGCCAGCUCGUUCUCCAACUUCUGCAGCAGGAACAAGGACAAGCUCACCGCCCUGGAAAGGUGGAAGAUCAAGAGAAUCCAGUUCGGAUUCCACAAGAAAGAGCUUGGGGCCGGGGACGGCAGCACCGAGCCAGGGGCCGAGGAGGCAGGGGGCGAGAGGCGUCUCUCCGACGUCAACCUGACGGCCUACCAGGCCUGGAAGCUGAAACACCAGAAGAAGGUGGGCGGCGAGAACAGGGAGGAGGUAGUGGAGCUCAGCAAGGGCGAGGACGCUGCCUCGGCCAAGAAGAGGCAGCGGAGGCUGGAGCUGCUGGAGAGGAGCAGGCAGACGUUGGAGGAGAGCCAGUCCCUGGGAAGCUGGGAGGCAGACAGCUCGGCGGCGGGCAGGAGCAUCCCCCUGUCCGCCUUCUGGUCCGCGGCCCCUCCGGUCAGUGCCGGGGAGGACGCGGCAUCGGUGUUCAGCACCCGGAGCCACGGCUCCCGCCCCUCUCAGGCUGGAAGCAACGGAGGCGGAUGCCCGGCCUCUGCCCCUGGCCCCGCACCGCCUGACCUGCCCGUGGGGCCGGGAGACGCCAUUUCCAUCGCCAGCAUUCAGAACUGGAUUGCCAGCGUGGUCAGCGAAACUCUCGCCCAGAAGCAAAACGAGGUGCUGCUGUUGUCCCGCCCGCCGUCCGUGGCGAGCGCGAAGGCGGCGCCGGAGGCCAGCCGCCUGGGGGAUGACCAGGUGUCCCUGCUCAGCGGACACAGCAGCUCCUCCCUGGGCGCCUGCCUGCUGCCCCGGGGCCAGCCGGGACCCGGCCCCGACUCGCAGUCCCUGCUGUCCUCCCGCACGGCGCCGGGCUCGAGGGCCGAAGGUCUUGGGAGCAAAGUCAGGGGGACCAGCAAGCCGGUCUACAGCCUCUUUGCUGACGACGUCGACCUGAAGGAGCUUGGCCGGAAGGAGAGGGAGAUACAAAUGGGGCUGAGGGAGAAGAUGUCCGAGUACAAGCUAGAGAAGCUGGCCUCCGACAACAAACGGAGCUCCCUCUUCAAGAAGAAGAAGGUCAAGGAAGAUGAGGAGGAUGGGGGUGACAGGGACGAGGACACUGACAGUGCCAUAGGGAGCUUCCGGUACUCUUCCCGCAGCAAUUCCCAAAAACCCGAGACAGACACGUCCUCCUCCCUGGCUGGCCCCGAUCGCCGUGGAAGCGCUAGCAGCGUCGGCAAAGACACGGACGGCAGUAUCGCUAAGUGGCUCAGUGGCCUCAGGACAGAGGAAAAGUCUCCUCCCCAGAGCGACUGGUCUGGAAGCUCCAGGGGGAAGUACACCAGAUCUUCCCUGCUCCGGGAGACGGCGUCCAAGUCCUCCAGCUACAAGUUCUCCAAAUCGCAGUCGGAGGAACAGGACACGUCCUCCUACCAUGAGGCCAGUGGCAACUCCGUAAGGAGCACCUCACGGAUCUCUUCCUCCUCUACCCGGGAGGGCAGAGAGAUGCACAGAUUCUCCCGGUCGAUGUUCAGCGAGACCUCGAGCUCCCGGGAGGAGAGCCCGGAGCCCUACUUCUUCCGCCGGACCCCUGAGCCCUCGGAAGGGGAAGAGUCCCCGGAACCACGGCGUCGGAACUGGGCCAGGCCCAGGGACUGGGAAGACGUGGAAGAGUCGUCCAACUCAGACUUUUCUGAAUUCGGAGCCAAGAGGAAAUUCACCCAGAGCUUCAUGAGGUCCGAGGAGGAGGGAGAGAAAGAGAGGAUGGAAAGCAGAGAAGAAGGGAGGUUUGCUUCGGGGCGGCGGUCCCAGUAUCGGAGAAGCACGGACGGAGAGGAAGAGAAAGAAAUGGACGACGAAGCCAUCAUCGCUGCCUGGAGACGUCGGCAGGAAGAAACCAGGACUAAGCUGCAGAGAAGGAGGGAGGAUUAAGCUGGGCCAGGCGGACCUGGGAGACUGAGAACAUGGCAAGAAGCCGCGCGGCUUAGCACAGGGAUCAGGACACACAUUGCCACCACCCGCCAAGGGACAGGCAUGUGGAAAGGAUCGUCCUGAGGGGCAGAGCCUGAAAGAGAGGUACCAGGCAGCAGGGCCCCAGAGGUGUGAUAGAGGGGAGGAGGAGAGCCGUCGGCGUGCGGUCUGCAUGCUAGGCCACCUGACACCGUUUUCUGUUGCCCGGCGUCCUCUUGACCUUUGACGCUUCCCUCGUGUAUUUGACAGUGUCCGUCACCUACUGGCGAGGUGAGCUCGUGAUGGAACCAGAGCUUGCCAGAGACUUCGGCUUACGUCCGCGGGAGGACUGAAUGCAGGACAUGGUUCUGUGUGUGGUUCUGUAACGAGACCCAGGAAAUGUCUCCUGUGGCA